UGCGAACAUCCGACAAAACAACACAUAAAAUAUUUUUCCUGGAAAUUUUUUUUUCAAAGUGUGAUAACUUUUUUAUUUGUGAUUCGAUUUUUGUGAAAUAAUUUUUUUUGAAUAAUAAGAGAGUACCACGCUCACAUGGGCGGUGUUGAUUUAAUGGAUGGCUUCAUGGGCCGAUACCAUACACGCGCUAAAACCAAAAAUGUGAUAACACGUAUUUCACUAUCACCUGAUUGUAAUGGCGGUCACAAAUGCAUAUAUAUUAUACCACCGAAUUGCUGCUGAGCGCAAAUGUGAAGUGAGUGGCUAUACUAAGAAGGCUGAAGAAGAAAAACCCAUUGAGCUGCCAAUUUUCCGAUCGCAAAUAGCAGAAGCGUUGACGGAGAAUCGGUGUAAUAGUGGAAGACCAAUAAGUCUACCAUCAAGUCGACUUUCAUGUCAUUCUGAAUCACCCGCACCUCAAUCGCCUUCACCUGCUCCAACAUCGCUUUUUUUAUUUAGUGGCCAAAAAACACACCAUCCAGUCGAAGAUAUUUGUUUCGAUGGCUACGGGCAUAUGUCUGGAUGCCGAAAAUUGGAGGAAAAAAGCAGUGCAAACACUGCAAAAAAUCCGAAACUCAGCACAUUUGCACGAAAUGCAACUUGCACCUAUGUAAUUCGGUAGCCAAAAAUUGUUUCGCGGGCUACCAUGUACGCAAAUAAUGUAUUUCAUUAAUUUAUUUUCAUGUAUUUUCUCAAUAAAAACACAAUAAAGCAAUCGUACCUUUGCAUUUUUCUUAUGCUUUAACAUAAAUGUCCGCCUCAGGGCGGCCUUUCGAAAUUCUCACAUAG